AUGUCUCGUUCGUCAACCCACCAUAUUGCAGUGAUAUGGUGUGAUGGAUUUGAAGAAGGCAGAAGACCGACCAUUUCCACGCUGAAGUGCAGUGACUAUCCGAAUGAUACGAUGAACGAUUACAUUGAUGCAGCUGGUAAGUGCAUUAGUGAAUGUUUCAUUGUGCAAUUCCUAGAAAAAAAUAAUUUAGUGAUUUGCGAAGGAAGUCUCUAUAAAGUGACUAAAAGAUUAGGGCAGUCUCUGUCAUCAAAGCAAAAUUAUAUUACAAAUUUUAUCAUUUAUAUGCCUUUUGAACCACAACUAAAUUAUUUUAAAUUUGCACUCACUUAUUAUACAUUUAUUUUAAAAUGCGUUUCAAAAAAUUUCAUAUGUGAUUUAGCGAUAAACUGCGGUACUGUUAACAUGGAACCGGAAGGUUAUGAAGUAAAUGUAAAAUACGAUAAUGGCCCUUCUUAUCCUUCUUCGCCACAUUUACUUCUCUUUAAUCACAGUCAUGCACGAGGAUCAGCUGAAGUAGAGAAGCACAAACAAAUGGAUUUGGCUAGUAGGACUGGUCUUAAUGAUCUGGUAAUUAAUGGUACACUCUGCCUUUCUAAUGAUGUGUUCCAUGGCAUUUCUACUGCUUGUGAAGUUGAUCCAACUUCGUAUGUCACAAGAAUUUAUCCUCUUAGAUUUAGCAAAUUGGUUUAUUUUAAUGUAGUGGAAACUAAUCGUAAAGCAGUAGAAAAUGAAAGUAGCCAAGAUUACACUUAUUUAACGUUUUCAAGAAACGUAUUUUCAAAUUUUAAAAAACACAAUUUCGAUUAA